UGGCGCGUCGAUAAUCUCCUACAAUUUUUCUCCGAGCUGCCUUCGAGAGCUCGGAGUCUCCUACUAGCAACUAACCACUCUUCUCUCUCCUCUGAAUCUCUUUCUUCUUCAUUGAUUAUAAUGGAAGUUUGUACCGUUCAAUUCCCUAGCUCCGGCGACGUGUCAUGGCGGUCCCGUCGCUUCUUGGGCCAUGGCUUUGGGCCGCCGAGGAGUUGCCGGCGAUCCUCGGAGAUGUGGAGCACCGCACCUUCCCGUUCCUCACGAAGCGUGCGGGUCAUGGCUGAGUCUGCGAUAACCCCCCAAUCAGGCACGGCGUCAUGGUCACGGCGUAUCAACGCCUUCGCGGAAAAGACGAACGACGCCAUGGAGCAGCUGGAAUUGGAGCGCGGGGUCUGCAUUCCGUUUCGGAAAUACACUCCCGAAGCAGUUAGGAAUAAGGUUCUGGAAUCUAGAGGGGCGAUAUUGUCUCUUAUCGGAAGAGGAGUGGAAAUUGUCUGGAAUUUAGGGUUUUAUUGGUCGGCCCUCACCUACGAUUGUCUUGUGGGACGCGACGAGGAAGUGGUGCCAUACAGGGCUCGUCAGCUCCGAAACCUUCUAUGCGACCUUGGACCUUCGUUCAUCAAAGUUGGGCAGGUUUUGGCAAACAGGCCAGACAUAAUACGAGAGGAUUACAUGAAUGAACUCUGUAUUCUACAGGAUGAUGUUCCGCCUUUUCCCAAUCAGGAAGCUUUUGACAUUAUUGAAGAAGAGCUGGGACAACCUCUUGAAAAGAUUUUUAGCAGGAUUACACCGCAAACUAUAGCUGCUGCAAGUCUGGGCCAGGUCUACCGAGCCACACUUCGGGAGACUGGAGAGGAUGUGGCUAUUAAGGUACUACGGCCUGGAAUUGAGCCUAUUAUCUAUAGAGAUCUUUUCCUGUUUCGUACUCUGGCUUCAUUUCUUAAUGGUAUCAGUCUUCGGAAGCUUGGCUGCAAUGCAGAGCUUAUUGUUGAUGAGUUUGGGGAAAAGCUUCUGGAAGAACUUGAUUACACACUUGAGGCUCGAAAUAUUGAGGACUUCUUUGAGAAUUUCAAAGAUGACCCAACUGUCAAAAUUCCUCAAGUUUAUACACAACUUUCAGGCUCCCGUGUUCUAGUAAUGGAAUGGAUUGAUGGUAUUCGGUGCACUGACCCCCAGGCCAUCAAAGAAGCAGGUAUUGAUGUAAAUGGAUUUUUGACUGUUGGUGUAAGUGCUGCUUUACGCCAGCUUCUAGAAUUUGGUUUGUUCCAUGGAGAUCCACAUCCUGGAAAUAUUUUUGCAAUGCGUGAUGGUCGUAUAGCUUAUGUAGACUUUGGAAAUGUAGCUGUGCUUAGUCAGCUAAAUAAACAAAUUCUGAUCGAUGCUGUUGUUCAUGCGGUAAAUGAGGACUAUGUUGAGAUGGCAAAUGACUUUACCAGGCUUGGUUUCCUUGCUAGUGGAACGGAUGUCUCUCCAAUUAUUCCCGCAUUAGAAGCAAUCUGGCAGAAUUCAGUUGGAAAAGGAUUGGCUGACUUCAAUUUUCGCAGUGUUACUGGUAAGUUCAAUCAGCUUGUGUAUCAGUACCCUAUCCGGAUCCCAGAGAGGUUUUCCCUUGUUAUUCGUUCUCUACUAACCCAGGAAGGAAUAUGUUUCACUCUGCAACCAGAUUUUAAAUUUCUUGAGGUUGCAUAUCCAUAUGUGGCAAAGCGUCUUCUAACAGAUCCAAAUCCUGCUCUUCGUGAACGCCUAAUACAGGUUUAGUACAUGCUAAUAUAUUUUGUGGUAUUCUAAAUCUUUCCAUAUUUAUUCAAACUUUGUUUCUUAAA